GCUUUAGUUUUUCUUCUGUUCGUGGCUUUGGGGAUGAGAAAGGGAAAGAGAGUUUUAGGGAUUUGGUUUCUCCCUGCUUCAGACAAAACGAUUUUCAGAAAAGGGCUGGGUUUCUUCCGCUUUAAGUUUUAAAAGCAUGUCUUGUUAAAUUGGUGCUGUGUUGAUGCAGAGGCUAAGGAAAUUUGGCGUCUAUUGGUGAAGUUGUAGAGCUGAAUGGAAACAACUAUAGGAAGUGGCGUGAUGAUGUAGAAUUUUACAUGGCAAUGCAUCAAAACAUAGACUAUUGUUUGCUAAAUCCUAAACCUGAAGGAGAGUUAGAUCAAUAUAGCUCAGCUGAUGACUCGUGGCAUUACCAUGAGUGGUUUAGAACCAAUAAGAUGGCCAAAAACGUACUUAGGAGGACCAUGUCUGAGAUUGUGAGAGGGUCUGUGGAGGAGCCUGAAGAUGCCAUAGAUUAUAUGGCUGCAAUUGCAGAAAAGUUUGAGGAAAGUGAGAAGGCUGAAGGUGCUAGACUGCAUAAGGAAUUCCAUGAGCUUAAGUAUGAUGGAAAUGGCAGUGUUAGGGAGCACAUCAUGCAUAAGGUGUUGUUGAAUGGGAAGCUCAGAGACUUGAGGAUGGGAGUUUCAGAUGCACAAAUUGUGCAUGAAGCCCUGUAUUCUCUCCCAGCCUCAUUCAGUAAUCUCAGGACUACCUACAAAAGUGUGUGGAUGAGGAGAAUAGGAUCCGCAAUGAGGCUGGACCAUCCACUGCAGUCAACUUGGUGGAAAAGCCCAAGUGGAAGAAGAAGAAUAAGAACAAGGUUAAGCAAACCAUCAAUUUUAAGGUAUCUGGGAAACCUGCAGAAACCAAGAGUGACAAAUCUUUUAAGUAUAAGUGCUUCUUCUGUAAAAAGAUCGGGCACAUGAAGGAGUGUCCGGGGUUUAAAGCUUGGAUGAUAAAGAAAGGGUUUAAUAAGGAGGAGGGCUCCAAGGACAAAUGAACAGAAUGUGUGUGUGGGAAACGGCCAAAGAGUUUCAGUAAAGGCUAUAGGAUGCUUGAGGAUUGAGUUAGGACAAGGCAAUUUUUUAGUUCUUAGUGAUGUCUAUUACAUCCCCUCCUUGAGGCGAAAUUUAAUUUCAGUGGCUCUUUUAGUUGACAAUGGUUGUAGUCUUUUUAUCGAUUAUAAAGGAAUAAAACUUUUUCAGAAUUCAGCUUACAUUGGAUCUGGUUCAUUCUCGAAUAAAUAUCUUAGACUUGAUUGUUCUACUGUUAAGAAUGAGAUAUUAACUAUAGAAAAUAAUGCAGGAACCAAUACUGAUAACAAUGUUGUUGGAGUUAAGAGAGUUUUAUUCAAUAAUAAGUCUGCAAACCUUUGGCAUCGAAGAUUAGGCCAUAUAUCAAAAACUAGACUUAAAACACUUGAGAAACUUAAUGUAUUGCCUGCUCUGUGUUAUGAUGAUUUGAAUGAUUGUGUUGAAUGUUUUAAAGGAAAGUUGACGAAAACCAGAAAACUUACAGCAACAAGAUGUCAUAAGCUUUUAGAA